UUAUUGGCUUAUAUGGUCAAGAAAUUGACAUUCAUUCUUGUCUAUUUCUGACCUUCUACACAUAUUCUGCAAUUAAACAAACGUACAAAAGUGUAGAGUUCUUUAAAGUGAGAGUCGCUUAAAGAGUUUCUGGAGAUGAGCAAACAACACCGUCCACACAAUUUCUGUUCUCUAAAACGCAUACGCAUGUGCUUACAACAUCAGAACAAGAAAGCGCCACUUGUUUUUGGAGCUAUUUAUAGGAUCUGAGCAAAAGAAAUACACCUCAAGUUAGAGAAUUUUCUGUAUUUCCAAAGCUUCCCAUGGCUUACCAGGCUCCCCUGCUUCACUUUCUCUUGUUUCCUUUAAUGGCACAAGGCCACAUGAUCCCAAUGGUAGACAUUGCUAGACUGCUGGCACAACGCGGUGCUAAAAUCACCAUAGUCACCACACCUCACAAUGCAGCCCGUUUCCAAGCGGUCCUUGCUCGUGCCAUAGAGUCUGGUCUUUACAUUAAUCUCAUCCAACUCAAGUUUCCUUCUCAAGAAGCAGGUUUGCCCGAAGGAUGUGAGAAUUUUGACAUGCUGCCUUCUCUGGGAUAUUCGCAGAAUUUCUUUAACGCGAUGUGUAUGCUGCAGCAGCCAGCAGAAAAGUUGUUCGAAGAGCUUACACCGCGGCCAAAUUGCAUAAUAUCUGACAUGUCCCUACCUUGGACACUUAACAUAUCUCGUAAAUUCGACAUCCCAAGGAUUUCCUUCCAUGGAGGAAGCUGCUUUGUCCUCUUAUGCUUGCACAACAUAUUUGCCUCCAAGGUUCCUGAGAACAUAAGCUCCGACACUGAGUACUUUGUUGUCCCUGACCUGCCUGAUCGAAUCGAGGUUACCAGAGCUCAGGUACUAGGACCAUCGUCUCCGAGUAUGACAUCCUUCCUUGAGAAAACAAUGGAAGCUGAGAUGGGGUCUUAUGGGGCGAUCAUGAAUACUUUCGAAGAGUUGGAGCCGAAAUAUGUCAAGGCAUACAAGAAGGCAAGAAACGAUAAAGUAUGGUAUAUUGGCCCGGCUUCCUUAUGCAACAAAGACUACUUGGACAAGGCUCAAAGAGGUAACAAGUCUGUUAUUGAUGAUCAUGAGUGCCUCAAGUGGCUUGAUUCAUGGGAACCAAGCUCUGUGGUGUAUGUUUGCCUUGGAAGCUUGUGUAAUCUUACAACUCCGCAAUUGAUAGAGCUUGGAUCAGGCUUGGAAGCCUCAAACAAGCCAUUCAUUUGGGUUAUAAGAGGAGGGAGUAAAUUAAAAGAGCUAGAAAAAUGGAUUAUAGAAGAUGGAUUUGAGGAAAGGACUAAAGGAAGAGGCCUGCUGAUCCGGGGUUGGUCUCCGCAAGUACUAAUCCUAUCACACCCAUCAAUUGGCGGGUUCUUGACUCAUUGCGGAUGGAAUUCUACUCUAGAAGGAGUAUGUGCCGGCGUUCCAAUGGUUACGUGGCCGUCGUUCGCAGACCAGUUUCUUAAUGAGAAACUAGUUGUGCAAGUUUUGAAAAUUGCUGUAAGUCUUGGCGUGGAGAAUCCAACUAAGUGGGGAGAGGAAGAGACGAUGGGUAUUGAGGUGAAGAGGGAAACUGUCAAGAGUGCUAUAGAGAGACUAAUGGAUGAAGGAGAAGAGAGCAAAGAGAGAAGAGAAAGAGCAAGAAAGCUUGGAGAGAUGUCUAAGAGAGCUGUGGAAGAAGGGGGUUCUUCUUACCUUAAUAUGACAUUGUUUCUUGAAGAGAUCAAUCAGCUAGGAAGUUAACAUUAUCAUUAUCAUCAAAAUGGAAUAUGAAAUAAGAAAAUGCAAACUUUUUUUCUCGCUUGAUUAGUUAAAAUUGUCUGUUUGGUAGCUUGUACUUUAAGAUCAACUUGUGACAUUUUGCAUUUCAUAUAUAGAACAUA